AUGUCAUAUUUUACUGUGCACAGUAUCAGAGUCAGUUGGACAGUGAUUCUACUGCUGGGAUAUUUUGUUUACUUGUUCCUGGGAGCUGCAGUAUUCCAAAUGUUGGAGAAGCAGGCAGAGUCUCAUACUCGGAGUAACUUCCAACUGGCAAAGCUCAAAUUCCUUACAAAUUACAGCUGUCUAGAUGGACCAGCUCUGGAAAGGUUUGUGCAGAUUAUUAUAGAUGCCUGGGAUAAAGGUGUAAAUCCAACAGGAAACUCCACCAACCCAAGCAACUGGGACUUCAGUAGUUCAUUUUUCUUUGCAGGAACCGUGGUGACUACAAUAGGUUUUGGUAACCUGUCUCCCAGCACUGUAGGAGGACAAGUUUUCUGCGUGUUCUACGCAUUAUUUGGAGUCCCUUUGAACCUAACCUUUUUGAACAUCCUGGCGAGAAGCCUGAAUGGCUACUUGAAGAGGCUGGAGAGAAGAGCUCAGAAAUCAAGCAACCACAAGCAAGUGAUGAAGAUUUUCACAAUGGUUUUCUUCUUGAUUAUUGGCACGGUGCUAUUUCUGGUGUUCCCGCCAUUGGUCUUCAGUCAUGUAGAAGGUUGGACAUACGGUGAAAGCUUUUACUUUGCCUUCAUUACUCUCAGUACCAUCGGAUUUGGAGAUUACGUUGUAGGCACUGAUCCAGAUAAGCACUACAUUUCCAUCUACAGAAGCCUGGCUGGUGUCUGGAUUGUCGUUGGCCUGGCUUGGUUGGCACUGCUCUUUAACCUGGGAAGCAGAGUAAUGGGACGGAUCUUCCAACUGAAGUGGCACAGGAAAAAAUCAAAGCUCGAGGUUAAGCAUGGCCCCAAGCAGGAGGAUUGUACCUAA